CAUUUUCGUAUAGUUUUUCGUAAAUAAUGUAAAAAAGAAUUUGAUACAAAAAUAUAAGAAAUAAUAAUUAGGAAACUUUUGAAAGUAUCAUUUUAUAAUUAAAAUUUAAAUAAUAGUUGAACUCUGGAAAAUAUUGUGGUGAUUAUAAAUAAACUUAUGAUAUUUUAAAUUAUCUAGCAAAUCAUUUUUUUAAACAAGAAGGUAACAAACGAGGGACCCGCAUAGGCCUAUUCUCACAUGAGUACACCUAUAAAUUUGGAAUGUAACACCUCUCUAGCAACACCAAAAAAGAGAGACAAAUAUAGAAACAAAGUCACAAUAAAAAUGUUUCUAAACGCGAAAAGAAAGGUCAAUUUGAAUGGAGUGAUCUUAUUGUUCUCUACCUUCUUUUGUGCUGCAACCAUUCAACUAAAUCCAAUAACUACAAGAGAAAACAACAAUCCAGUGCCUUGUAACACUCACGGUUCAAGGGCUGCAGUGAUUAAUGGUGGAGACACUAAGCUAUCGGUCGAACAACGAUUUAUGCGACCCCGUCCACCAAACGCUUAUUGUGUGCGGAUCGAGGCGUGCAGCGAACUGCUGACUACUUCUCCAAGCGUGGAAAAGUACGAGACGCGUCCAUUCAGCGUGGGCGGAUUCAACUGGACUUUUAUCCUCCAACCGUCCGGGAACAAGACUAAUUUAGGGACUUGGAUCUCUGCAUAUGUUGCAAUAGAUCCUUCAGGGCUAGUUGGCGAAAAUCGCGAGGUUUAUGCAGAUCUCAAGUUUCUGGUAUAUAGCAAGGCUUACGAUCAGUACUUGACAUCUAUAGACACGGAGAUGAGGCGUUUCCAUCAAUUCAGAACAACUUGGGGGACUCCAAAUUUUACCCGACAUUUUGAUUUUAACGCUAAAGAUAAAGAGUACAUUUUCGACAAUGACCAAUGUGUAUUUGGUGUAGACAUAUCGGUUUAUCCUUACUUUAACAAAUGGGAAGUUUUGUCGAUCGAUAAGACGGUCUAUGGGCCUAAGUCAUGGAAGCUUAAGAAAUUCUCUACAUUGAUCAAAGACUUUUACAUGUCGGAUGAAUUCUCCAUCGGAGGAAAAAAAUGGGCACUUAAAGUGUAUCCAAAUGGUAAAGGUACUGGAGUGUUGAUAAGCUUGAAGAGUAACUUAAACGUGAAGUUACUAAAAUAAAGGAAGAGAUAUUACUAGGAAUUAUUUAGGAGUUAUCUAAAUAAUGUUUAGGAGUUAUCUAAGUUUAAUCCUAGUUUGAUUUGGAGUUAUCAAGUCAAGUCUCUAUAUAAGAGUUGCCAAUGGUGUGGUUAACCUAACGAGUUUUGAGAGAGAUUGAGAGGAGACUUUAGUUUUGAGAUAUUUUCUAAAGUAAUAAAGGAGAGUUAUUCUUG